UUUGUGGGAGGAGAAAAGAAAAGCAAGUGGGGUUAAUAUGGCCAGUCUUUCACUGAAAACCAGGGAAUGAUAUUCAUAGUUUUUCUUCUAUGCUGUAACAGUUCAUAACUUUUCAACUGAGUUUGCGUAAUCCCCCACACACGUGCUGAGCCAUGCUUUUGGCAUUCAAUAGCCUUGUAUAAUGAAUGACUUCCACAUCACACAUAAUGUUAUGCUGUUGUGGGUGGCUUAUGCCUUAGGAUCAUCUCCUUCCAAACCCUGCUGCUUCUGACUCACAAUUUCUACCCCCAACUGGAUUAUGCUCUCUUAUUUUGAGUUCAAGAAGAAGCCUUCAGCCUGUUCUUUCUCUGUUCUAGAGAAGACUAGGCUUCAGUUUUCUCAAAUGGAUUUUCUUAGACAAUCCCUUUGAAAAGGAACAGCAGCAGAUUCCUGAAUAAUGGAUGAGAAUAAAAGCUCGGGUUUGUAUUCAGUUGAAUCUGACAAGAGUGAUACCUUGUAUCCAAUGUGUUUUGGUGUUUCUUGUGCAUUCUUUGCCCUCCAACUCUUGUCCAAUUCUGAGGUGGAAGAUGAAAGAUGGUCUGGAAUAUGUGAUAAAAUGCUUCAAGGAAGUGCCCAACUCCUGGGAUUGCUUGUGUGGAAGGUUCAGAGAGAGGGAGCUAAUGGAGGAAAGUGUGAGCUUCUCCUUAAACUUGAAACUGCUGAGAAAGAGGUUGAUGAGUUGAAGAAAAGGAGACAUGAAGAUGCAAGAGCCAAUGAGAAAGUUGUGAGCAUAUUUGCUGCACAAGAACAGGGCUGGUUGAAUGAAAGGAAGAAACUAAGGCAGCAGAUCGGGGCUCUUAUGAAUGAAUUGAGGGUUCUUGAGAAAAAGAAGGGUGAAGCUAUUUUUGAAUUGAAUGAAAAGUUGAAGAACGUGGAGACUAUGCUGCAGGGUAAUGAUAAGGUAGUGGAGGAUGAGAAGCAGCAGAAGAGGGAGUUGGAAGAGAAACUAAAAGAGGCCGAAAAAGUAGUGGAAGACUUGAGAGGAACUGCAAAGCGUGAAGCCCAGGAGCAUUCUUCUGAGCUUUGGAAGCACAAAAUGGCCUUUAUUGAAGUUGUGUCAAACCAACGGCAGCUUGAAGCUGAGAUGGGCCGUUUGAUAAGGCAAGUUGAAACUCGGAAACAAGAACUUGGUGUGGUCUUAAAGCAAAAGGAGGAGGCAGUCUUGAUGGCUCAAAAAAUGUCAAUUGAGAUGGUAAAAAUGCAACAGGAUUUGGAACAGAAAGAUAAAAUUCUGUCAGCAAUGCUUAGGAAGUCCAAACUGGACAUAGCAGAGAAGCAAAUGUUUUUAAAAGAGGUUAAAUUAUCGAAGGCUAAGAGAAAGCAAGCCGAACUAGAAACAGAAAGGUGGAGGUCAGUAUCAGAGUCUAAACAUGAGAGAAAUUCAUUGAGAAGCAUGUUGGCUAACCAACUCAACUCAAGGUUGGAUGUUUACACGAGUGCAAGAGGGGUGCACCCCAGUGCAACAGGAUCAUCUAACACUGGAAAGACAAGAUCACAGUCAACUGAUCUUGCUUUUGAGUUUGGGCAUCUUGGGUUAAAAAAGGAUAGAAAGAAGUCAGAACUUUCUCAGCUCUCUGAGGACUUCUCACUGGAAGGGAAUGAAGAAUUGGCUGAUAUUAAGCAAUUGGAAGGUUGGGUACACUCAGAAGCUGAAAAGUACGCAACAGUAAUUCAGCAGAGGCAUCACUUAGAACUAGAUGCUUUUGCAGAACAAAUGAGAAUCAAAGAUGAGAAAUUAAAAACAUUUCAUUGGCAGUUGCUAAGCAUGGAACUAGAAUCGAAGCGGCUCCAGAGCCAUAUUAGGGAACUAAACGAGGAUAUGUCACAGCUCAGACAUGACAAUAUGAAACUGGAAGCCUUGUUAUUGGAGCAAGAAGAAGAGUUAGCUUUCUUUAAGGAGCAACUGAAGUCAAGAUUGAAGUGCCUAAACUGCCAGAAUAGCAAAUCGAGCUCAUUUCUUCAUAGUCCAGCAAUAGCACAUGAUACCAGAUCUCCUGAAGACAGGAUCAUAAAGGAACAACCCUGUGAGACAGAACAGGAAACAAAGACAAAAUGCUUGGUGGAUAAGUAUCAGGAGGAAGACACUCAGAACGAAGAAACAAAGCAUUCCAAUGAUGUAAGUUUAACAACUCAAUCUUCUGAGGAAGAGUUAGGAGAUGCUAAAGAUAUUGUUAUUGCUCAUGUGGGUCGUGUCCAAGAGCGAUGCACAAGUCCGGUGGAGAUUGAUACCUCCGAAAGGUUAGCACCCCCAAACCUCCCCUCGGAUAAGAAAAACAGUUCUCCAUGGAGGAUGGAUAUUCAUGCUCUUGGAGUUUCUUAUAAAAUCAAAAGGCUGAAGCAACAACUUCUUAUGUUCGAGAGGUUGUCAGGAAAGCAAGAAAGCAAUGAAGAUACAGGAAGCAAUGACAAUAGGCAAAUUGGGAUGAAGGGAUUCAUUUCCCUAAUGUCUUCACUGAAUAAACAAGUAGGCAGGUACCAGUUCCUUCAAGGGAAGGCAGAUGACCUUUGCAAACGGAUGCAUGAAAAUAAUCUAAAUGUGAAUCAUGGACAUUCUAGCAUAGCAAGAGCAAAGGAAGAUACUAAAGCACUAGAGCACUUCCUUGAGGAAACAAUUCAACUACAGAGAUAUACAGUUGCAACAGGACAGAAACUGUUGGAAAUUCAAUCGAACGUUGGUUCUGGAUUUGUUGAGGUUGCUGAAGAACUGAUCAAGACUGCUAAUUUUGACAUGAAAAGCUUUGCUGAGAGUGUUGGAACAUUAUUUCAGGAAGUUCAGAAGGGCCUGGAAGUUAGGAUAUCUCGAAUUAUUGGAGAUCUUGGGGGGACUCUGGCGUGUGAGGGGAUGUUACAUUUGAGGAGCUAGUGAUGGAACUAAAAAGAUCAAGAAGAGGUGUUUUUAUGUGGUAGAAGGUCAUGAAAUGGUCUUUUUAACUGUCUCUACUGAUAGCUAUAUAUGAAUUUGUAAAGGGAAAAAGCUUAAAAUCAUUUUAACCUUGUAGAAAUUAUCUAGAGUUCAUCCUUUGCUCUUAAAAUCCUGAUUUGAAGGAAACCAUCCAUCAACAAAAAACUAGUUCACUGUGACAGAACAGUUCAAAAACUUGAGGAAUUUGGAAAAA